AUGGCUCUUGCUUCCUUUCAUCGCCCUCUUUCGUUAUUGGGCGUCUGCCACAAUAUGAACUGCACCUCGUACCAAGCUGGUUACAUAUCUCAAUCCCGGGAGCUUGAAGGAUGGGAAAAUGCUUCGCAAUAUGCCCCUACACCUGGAAACUUUCGGAGCCCUUACGCUAUGCAGUCCGAGUGUAGUCCCUCCCCUUCGAUCUCGCUCGAAGAAGAGCCCAAUGUCGCAGGCCGACUUCAACCGAACAAUGUACCUCUGCUCCAAGAGUCCGACUGGGAUGCGGAUAAGAUCUACGACGAGUAUCCGCCGCGCUGUAUCCACUACUUCAUAGAAUGGCGUGUCGCCCUCAACAACGAGGCUGUGAAGCUACAGACUGUCCUUGAAGAGAAGGUCGGCCGCAACAAGAGAGUGAGGGUCGAUGACACAGCGAUCGUCGUGGCAGUCAAUGACCGUUCCCAACGUGAUUUGACUAAGCGCUUCAACAAAACCGAAAUUGCUUGGGCUCCUAUCAAGAAGCAGUUGCGGAUGUGGUCGAGUCAUUUCUGUCGUGGAAAGCGACUUACACUGAGGAUCUGUUUCAACUACGGUGGUAUCCUAGAGACGCAUAGAGAUGUGCCGGAGGAGAUCCGGGAUGAGCUCUAUAUGGAGGAACAGCAGAAGCAGGAGAAGGAAAAACGCAAAGGCAGUAACAUUCUUGGAGAUGCAGGGCCUUAUCAACCUAUCAACAUCAAUGUUCACCCAUCCCACCCUACUAGUUUGGCCCCGACGACCCCGGCUGAUGCCACAGCAGAGCUGAGAGCUAUAAGUCCAUUGAAUAUCCCGGGGCUCAAAGAUGUAGCUGUCAAAGAAUACGGUGAGUGGCUUGCAUCAAAUGUAUCCGAUAAUACUCUCAAGGAUGAAUUCCGACAAGCGUGUGAUAUAACGCUUUCAGAUGGCUUCGAACUUGGGCACAUCUUCAAAGAUCAAAACCCAAGUUUCUUCGUUGAAAAGGGAAUCAAGCCUGGAAUUGCCCGGAGUUCCGUAGAAAAUAUCCGUGACUGGGUCGAGAACGUGAAGAGGGUGAUGCCGAUCGUUGAGAUGGUAUAA